AUGUAUAAUGCCAAGACAAUAACAGAAAUUGCAUCACAAAGCGAUUUCAAACGAUGGUCAGCAAAACAAGUAAAAGAAUGGGCUACAAAAGAAGUUCAAGUAAGAGAAGAAUAUGCCCAGAUGCUUCUUGAUAAUGAUGUAGAUGGAGAAAGUAUCGCAGUGUUUACAGAGGCUGAUUUUAGUAAAUGUGGCAUAGUCGUAGCACCUGCAAAGAAGCUCUAUCUGGCUGUUCAACAACUUUUAAUUAAACAACAACAGCAGCAACAACAAUCGCUAUCGCAUCACAGCAGCAGCAGUAGAGUAAAUAUAUUAUCAAAAGCAACUAUAUAA